AUGCUCCGCGCUCGCGCCUGGGCCAGCCGUGCACGCAGCGUCCGUGCGUACGCCACGAAUGCGCGUCCCUGUGCCCGCGCACCGCUGACUGCUGACGUCUCGCAGCAGCUCGCGCGCUUCGACGAAACGACGCUGGGCACCUAUGUGCGUCCGCGCGUGGUGUUCACGCAUGGCGCCGGCCUCGAUCUGUACGCGGAGCUGCCGACCGAAACAGGCAUGCCGCGGCAGUACCAGCGGUACCUGGACUUUUCUGCGGGCAUCGCCGUCAACUCGCUGGGCCACGCGGAUCCGCAGAUUGCGGAGAUCGCCGGCGACCAGGCCUCCAAGCUCGUGCAUGCAAGCAACCUCUUUUACAACCAGUGGAGCGGCGAGAUGGCGAGCCGUCUCGUGGCCAUGACGCGGGAGCACGGCGGCCUCGGCGCUGCGCCGGGCUCGCGCGCUGCGCCUGGUGAGGAGCUGCAAGUGUUCCUCGCCAACAGCGGCACCGAGGCGAACGAGGCCGCGCUCAAGUUCGCGCGCAAGUGGGCCACGCACAAGAACGAAGACAAACGGCGCACUGUGCUUGUGUCCUUCCGCAACGGCUUCCAUGGCCGCACGAUGGGUGCGCUGUCUGUGACGCCGAACCCCAAGUACCAGGCACCGUUCCAGCCGCUGCUGGGCGACGUGCGCUACGGCGACUUUAACGACACGGCGCAGCUCGCCGAGCUUGUGCGCGACGAUGUGGCCGGCGUGAUUGUCGAGCCGAUUCAGGGCGAGGGCGGUGUCCUGCCGGCCGAUACCGAGUGGCUCGUGGCUCUGCGCCAGCGCUGCACCGAGGUCGGCGCAGCGCUGAUCUACGACGAGGUGCAGUGUGGCCUCUUCCGCACCGGCACCAUGUGGUGCCACUCGGCGAUGCCCCUAGAGGCUCAUCCGGAUAUGGUCACGAUCGCGAAGCCGCUCGCGAACGGGUUCCCCAUUGGCGCGGUGCUGAUGCGUGCGCACAUUGCGGCGGCCAUCCAGCCGGGCGACCAUGGGACGACGUUUGGCGGCGGUCCCCUGACGUGCCGCAUUGCGCACCAUGUGCUGGGGCGCCUCGCGGACCCUGCGUUGCGGGCGCGCGCGCAGGCCGAGUCGGCGCACCUGCAAUCGCGCCUCGCGCGCAUUGGCACACUCUUCCCCGACCUGGUCGAUACCGCGGCGAGUCCGCGCGGACGCGGCCUGCUACUGGGCAUGAGCAUGCGCACGCCAGCGCACGCCGGUCGGGUCGUUGCGCUUGCGCGCGAGCGCGGUGUGCUGUUCCUGACGGCAGGCAGCGAUACGGUGCGCUUUGCGCCCAGUCUGACGGUGCGCACCGAGCAGGUGGCGCAUGCGAUGGAUGUGCUAGAGAGUGUAUUGCUCGUGCUGCGCGAUGAGGCUACGGCUUAG